AUGAAGAGUGAAGAGGGCCAACGACGCCCCAACCGAGGCAGAGGCCGUGGUGGCGGUCGAGGCCGUGGAAAGCAACCGCGUGGUCGUCUGCCAGAUGAUGCCAAAAAGAUUUUGGUGCUUCAUGGCAGUCGUCAAACAGGACCCUUGUUGUUGGGACGAAUGGACAAGCUUUGCAAGGCUCUGCAAAAGACAGACGAUCUGUGUUUGCAAAUGGUGGCACCCGAUGGCCCCUUUGAUCAUCCCGAGGAUACCAAUCUACGGCAGUGGUGGGAUCGACACGACAAUACGUACCAAGGACUGGAGAUUUCUAUGGGAAUGCUAUUGGAUCUUUGGAAUAUCGAGCCGCCAGGAAGCUUUGUGGGGAUCAUGGGGUUUAGUCAGGGUGCAAGAUUGGCUCACUUGAUGGCUCUAAUGCAUCAGUGUGCCAAGCAACAACAAUCACAAUGUGGCAGCAAAGACGAUAAUAAGAUCCCUUUUGAGGGACUCCAGUUUGUAAUCAUGGUGGCAGGAUACCACAGGCCACUACCCGACAAUUGGCCAGAUACCCUUCAAGCCUGUCAACUGGAUGCUGCUUUGUCGACGAAUUGUAGGAGUAUUGCAAUUCCGAGUCUUCAUGUUUGGGGGGAAACGGAUCCUCUCAUACCGCCAUCCGAAAGUCAGGCCGUCAUGGAAUCCUACCAAAAUCCUCAGAUCCAUGCACACGAAAAAGGCCAUCAUGUUCCCAUGAAGGCACCCAAUGUUCAAGCCUUUCUCGACUUUAUACGUCGAUCAAUUUCUUCAGAUUCCUCAGAGUUGAACAGCAUCAACAGAAACAACAACAAAGAAGCAAUAAUACAGUCGUCGCCAGAGCCACAGUCGCCACCGACACAUCAACCAAAACAUGUGGACCCCGACGGAGAGACGGCUCAAGCACAGCAAGACGAAGUCGAGGCAUUGACUGCCAUUUAUCCCGAAGAAAUCACCAUCCUGUCCAAGACUACCAUGAAUGACGACACCGGAGAGACCGCCUACAAACAUCCCAUUCGGUAUCAGAUGGCAUUACGACCAGAAGAGCCUGGAACGGGAGGCCAUUGGCCCAAACAUCCUCUGUCUUUGGGUGUCACUUAUCCGCACAAUUAUCCCAGUGACGAAGCCAUACCAGAACUCCAACUGGUCCAUGAAAACAACGUCAUGGAAUUCUCCAGUGCCAAGGCAAUGGCGUGUAUGAGAGCCAUUCAAGAGGCCGCCAAUGCGGAACGGGGAAUGCCAUGUGUCCUUUCGUGUUUCUAUGCGGCACGUGAAUUUCUUGAUGCGGGAGAGGAAAUUGCUGAUGGUGCGGCGGUGGACGACGUUGUGUCGGCGCAAGAAGGACAAGCCGAGAAGGAAGACAACAACAACAUGGACCAAGCAGAAUCAACGUCUGUGGGAUCGACAUUAUUGAAGCAGGCAUCGGCGGAACGUAUUCAUCAAUGCAACAUGGAAGGUCUCGAGAUUGCCGAGGCGCUUUUGGGGCGAGCACCACAAUCAUCGACGACGGGACAGGAUGAGUCCUCUGGCACUCCGUUGCUAUCAGGCAAGGGGGGGAACUGGAAUUAUACCAUUGGCUUGGUGGGAAAGCCAAGUGCAGGGAAGAGUACAUUCUUCAAUACAGCGUCGGCUUUUGCUAGACAACGCGACGAUGCCGACAAUGUGCUCGGCGGGGCGUCCAUGGCACCCCACCCGUUUACAACCAUCGAUCCCAACAUUGGCUUUUGUUUCGUUCCAGCACCAAAAGGCACCUGCCCGGAAGAGGACGCAGACGAAGCCAUCUUGAGCAAGUUUCAGGUUGGCUGUAGUCAUGGUAGAGACAGUAAAGGUCGUCGUUUGCUGCCAGUUUUGCUCAAGGAUGUUGCAGGAUUGGUCCCUGGUGCAUACCAAGGGAGAGGAAGAGGCAACAAGUUCCUCAAUGAUCUUACGGAUGCAGUUGUCCUCGUGCACGUUGUGGAUGCCAGUGGCAUGGCCGAUGCCGAGGGCAACGCGUUGGGGGAAGAGGAAAUCAUCGAAGCCUCCCAAAAUGGAGACGCAAAGGCAACGUCGAGACCCCUCGAAGAUCUGUCGUGGAUUCGCAACGAGCUCAUUGAGUGGGUGUUCACCAAUCUAAUGCACAAAUGGGACACGGUGAUUCGAAGAGGUCGCUCAAAGCUGUCUGGUAUGUUCAGUGGAUACGGUCAGACCUCUGCAGUGGUGACGGACGUCCUCAAUGCCGUGGAGAAGCACAUGGAAAGAACCCAAGAUAUGGACCGCGCCCUUGACCGCUUGAACGAAUGGGACACUGGUGAUGUACACCGCGUGGUGAGCGCUUUCCUUGGCGUCCGAUUCCCCAUGGCAUUGGCCCUAAACAAAUACGACUUAGAGUCCAGUGGCAAGCACGUCAAGGCCAUCCAAUCUGCGCUACCGUUGCAUGGAGCUCAUGUGGGCGUGCCCUUGUCUGCUCGCAGCGAAAUGACAUUUGUGAGGGACCACAUUGUAAACCACCAACAGCAGCAACCACAAUCCAAGACGGAAGGAAAUCCUCCGCUGGGAACGUGGCAAUGUUUGCAAGCAGCCAUGUCCCUCCGAGAGCCUGUGUUGGUGUUUCCAGUCAGCGACAUGAGUACCUACGAACCUCUCGCCGGUCUUACCAAGCACGCGGUCGGCGACCCUUCGUUGCCGAGUGCGGGAAUGAUUGCGUGCCUCCAAGCCGCGGGUGGAAGCAUUCCAACCUUGUGGGACGCCGAACAAGGAAUCUACGCUUCCAACAACAAGGGCGGCAAGCAGCAGCAACAAGUUCUGCGAGAUGUGGUGGUGAUGAAACCCGGAUCCACAGUGGAAGAUGUCUUUUUGUGCUUGAAGCGGCUGGGUGCCUUGGGUGGCGAUUUCGUGCGUGCCGAGGGCGCCGGUGAUUUGGGCGAAACGUCGAAGCAAAUCAAAAAGGAUGCAAUGGUGAACAAGCGGUGCAGGAUUCUCAAGAUCAUGACGACCAAGCGCACGGCAUGGCAACAGCAACAUGCGGCGUCCUAG